CUGCCUCUGACUCAGAAAACACAUCGGUUGCAAAGCAGCUGGAGAGGUGGUCUCGGGGCAUGUGAAAUCAAUACACUGUAGAGAAGCAAAUAAUCGAGCAUGAUUUCCUUCUGAGGAGACAGAGUUGACAAACCCAUCCCAGACCUCCUGGAUCUGUCGUUUGGAGGCAGAGGAAGUUGAACAAUGGGCCCUCAGAAAUGCUAGGUUUACGAUGAGAAAUGUCACAGUCCAGUGUCUACUCUCUGGGACCUUGGUGCUGGGGAUCUUGUCGGCUCUGUUAUGUAUACGUCUGCACCUCUAUCACGUGACCCAACAGCAGAAGACAACCCAGGAGCCUCCCUUCAUUUGGUCCCUGGAUAAAAAACUGCAGCAGCCGGUACCAAGAGAACCUGUGAUAUUCGAAAGACCUGAAGAAAAUAAAGCUGAAAAUGACGGAUCAGUUCUUAAAUUCGCUCAGGAUUUUAACUAUACAGACCAAGAAGUUAUUCAAGGCUUUUUAAAAUAUGGGUUCAAUGCUGUUAUCAGUAAAAAACUGGGCAACAGGAGACAUGUGCCAGAUACGAGGAAUGAAAUGUGUCUUAAAAAACAUUACCCAACCAGACUGCCUACUGCAAGCAUUGUCAUUUGUUUCCACAAUGAAGAAUUUCAUGCCUUGUUUCGGACAAUAUCCAGUAUCAUGGCCCUCACUCCACACCAAGUCCUUGAAGAAAUUAUUUUGGUAGAUGACAUGAGCGAAUUUGAUGACCUGAAAGAAAAACUAGACUAUCAUCUGGAAGCGUUUCGGGGAAAGAUUAAAAUAAUCAGAAACAAAAAGAGAGAGGGGCUGAUCCGAGCGAGGCUGAUCGGAGCGGCGCGCGCUUCAGGGGACGUCCUGGUUUUCCUGGAUAGCCACUGCGAGGUGAAUAAGGUAUGGCUGGAGCCCUUGCUGACUGCCAUUGCCGAGGACCGCAGAAUGGUGGUGUGUCCCAUGAUGGAUUCCAUUGAGGGCGACACGCUGAAAUACAACCCCUCCCCUGUUGUAAGAGGAGCUUUCAACUGGUACCUGCAAUUUGAAUGGGACACUGUUCUGUCUUACGAGAUGGAUGGACCAGAAGGACCCACUACGCCCAUCCGGUCCCCUGUCAUGGCUGGAGGGAUGUUUGCUAUCAAUCGGCAUUAUUUUUACGAGAUUGGGCAGUUCGACAAGGAGAUGAACUUCUGGGGAGGAGAAAAUCUGGAGCUUUCACUGAGGAUCUGGAUGUGUGGAGGCCAGCUUUACAUACUGCCCUGCUCUCGAGUGGGACAUCUUAAUAAAUGGAGCAACCGUAAUACUAAUGAAUCCAGAAGAGCCCUGAUCUAUAACAACCUCAGACUGGUGCACGUCUGGCUGGACGAGUACAAGGAGCAGGUGUUUUCACGAAGACCUAGUCUGAAAUCCUCUCCCUAUGGAAACAUUAGUGAGCGUGUUGAAUUAAGGAAACAACUGGGUUGCAAGUCAUUUCAGUGGUAUUUGGAGAACAUCUUUCCAGAACUGGAGGCAUACAAAGGAAGCCAAUGAAGGAAAACCAAUUGUUCUCAUUAAUAAAGAGGUAAAGAGUCCGCUAGUCCUUCAACACAGAGAAGACUAGAAGUUUGGAACAUCAUGAGAUUGUAUGAAAUGCAAUAGGAAAUACAGCCAGUGUGCUCUACAACAGACUGCCUACCUUUGCUCCUUGGACGAUGACCGUUGACUACUGUGUAAACUCAUCUGCCACUACAUUUCUGGGGUGGCAAGACCUUGAACGUUAGAAAUGGACGCUGUCACACAGCUAAGACUCUAUCAUAUAAUUAUCUCUAAUUGUUUGCCAAACUCACUUGGUCCUGAUAGAUCGACCAUAGG